AUGGUCAAGUGGGCCGUGGAGUUGGGGGAGUACGACGUGGAGUAUGAGCCGAGAACGGUAAUUAAAGCACAAGCUCUGGCGGAUUUCAUCCAAGAAACCACUCGCCGACCUAUGCAAGAAUUUUGGGUCGCCUUUGUUGAUGGAUCAGUUACAAAGGAAGGGUGUGGAAUUGGGGUGUACAUCAUUUCACCAGGAUAUGGGAUAUAUCAGUUCGCUAUCAAAUUCACCUGCCGGAUGUCCUAUAACGAGGCCGAGUAUGAGGCUGUGGUCAGAGGGGCACACAUUCUGUUAGAGCUGAAGGUUGAAUGUGUUAUCAUCAGGACCGAUUCCCAACUAGUGGCUCAACAACUGUCAGGGGCCUAUCAUGUCAAAGACCAGCGGAUGAAAGCGUAUCACUGCAAAAUCAGCGAAAUGAAACAAAAGUUCAUGAAAUUCAAAAUCGAACAGAUUUCCCGGGAAGAUAACACAAAGGCAGACCUACUGGCGCGCAUGGCUAGCACGGUAGAACAGACAUGGAGUGACGAGAUCAUAUUGCUCUGUGAUACCAGAGAAAUGGGGACUUCACAGGUUUUUUCAGUGGAAAUCAGGGAUGAUUGGAGGGCUCCAAUUAUACAUUUUCUCAAGACAGGUUGCUGUGGUGGUCACACGGGAUUCCGUGAUCUCGUACGAAAAAUCAUUCGGGCAGGGUUCUAUUGGCCUAACAUCAACAAAGAUGCCAGGGAGUUCGUCCGCAAAUGCGAGGCUUGCCAGAGACAUGCUGGGAGAAUCAACGUCCCGGGGGAAACCAUGGGAGUCAUGUAUGCUGCAUGCCCAUUUGACAAGUGGGGCAUAGAUAUCGUUGGGAAGUUGCCCACGGCACCAGGGGGCAAAUGUUUCCUCAUAGUGGCAGUGGAUUACUUCUCCAAAUGGGUCGAAGCCGAGGCUGUGGGGAAGAUCGACGAAGUGACAGUGGAACGGUUCAUUUGGCGGAACAUAUGUUGCAGAUUUGGCGUCCCAAGGAUCAUUGUGUCAGACAAUGGAACCCAGUUUACAGGGCAGAGAAUUGCGGAUUUCUGUGACAGAAUGGACAUCACCCAGCGUUUCGUGUCCGUAGCUCAUCCUCAAGCGAAUGGGCAAGUGGAGCUAGCAAACAGAUCAAUUUGCGAAGGCAUCAAAAAGCGCCUGAAUCAGAGCAGAGGGAAAUGGGUCGAGGAGUUGGACACCGUCCUUUGGGCCUACCGAACUAGCCCAAAGACAACAACCGGCGAGGCACCUUUCACCCUGGUAUACGGUUCUAAUGCAGUAAUACCAGCGGAGGCCAGAUUGGAGUCAUAUCGCAUCACUACCUACGAUACAGAGCACAAUUCCGAACUCCGAAAAACAGAGCUCGAUCUUGUGGAGGCACAGAGGGAAGAAGCUCAAGUCAGAGCAGCGAAAUACAAAAGCAUCAUCAAGGCAGGAUACGACAAGAGGGUCAGAGCAAGGAAGCUAGCUAAGGGCGACUUAGUCCUCAAGAGAGCCGACGCACUGAAGCCAGUGGGCAAAUUUGAACCCAAUUGGGAGGGCCCCUUCAUCAUCAUCGAGGUCCUGGGCGGCGGAGCGUACACUCUGUCGGAUCCAGAUGAGAGGGGAAGCAGCAGCGAGAGGAAGCAGCGAGGGGAAGCAGCGAGGGGAGGCAGCGAAGGGAGCAAUAAAGGGAUGGCCCUGAAGAAGGAGUCAGAGAAAUCCCAGAAGGAAAUACCAGAGAAAUGCUCAGAGCAGUCACAGAGGGCCGAACCAAAGACGUUCCCGGCAGAGGAAAUCAGAAGAAUCACUCAGAUGAAUCAUUCAGAAGGAUCAUUCAAAAGCAUCAACCAGAAAGCACAGUCAGGGAAGCUACUCAGAGGAAAACUCGACCAGAGGAAUCACAAACACUUCAACAAAAAAUAA